AUGGGGAAUUAUUUCACCGUCAACAUGGAAGAGAAUUUCAAGAAAAAUCAAGAAUUUAUACAAACUAUAAACACAAUAAAAAUGGAGAGACAAAUACAGUUGCAAUAUCAGAUGCAGGAACGGCAAAUGGCUAUGCAAAUAGCCAAAAGCAGGGACACAUGCUUGUGGCUCACAGCAUUCUAUGUUGCAUCAUCAACAGCUUUAUUUACUGGUUUCAGGAGAACAAAGAGAGCGUACUUUCUUGUGCCGAUGGUGCCGCUUACGUUUGUCACACUUUAUUACUGGGACCUUGCUUACGGAAACAAGGUCCACAGAAUAAGAAGUGAGUAG